AUGGUGGACAUGCAGCCUCCGCCUUUUAGAACCUUGGACGAUUUUCUCUUGUGUUCCGCCCGGUUUUCCGUGCCUGAUGUCCGUAACUUAGAGCGGUGGAACAACCGUAUCAUAAACAACUUGCUGUAUUACCAGUCAAACUAUUUUGUUUCGGCUGUGGCUUUUCUUGUUAUAAUCGGGUAUUUCCAGCCAUUCCAGCUGAUUCUUGGAGCAACUGUUGUGGUUCUUCUCUUUUUGGUGUUUGUCUGGACUGCGGAAAACAAGGCUGUAGUCCGAAGAUUCAGGAGAAAUCAUCCGUCAAUCUGCCUGUCUGCGAUCCUGGGCUCCAGCUACCUACUUCUGUCCGUCCUAGGAGGGGUGGCGGUGUUUCUUUUUGGCAUCGCCUUCCCCAUAUUACUGAUUCUUAUUCAUGCUUCAGUAAGACUCAGAAGUCUUAAAAAUAAACUGGAGAACAAGCUGGAGAGUAUAGGACUGAAGAGGACUCCCAUGGGCCUGUUGCUGGAAGCUCUUGGACAGGAACAAGAAGCUGGAUCAUAGCUUUGCUUACUCUUGCCUGGACCCUUCUUGUGUAUCUUGAAAAAAUAGACAUGAAUUUUUACAUGUUGUUGUGUUCAAAUCUUUCAGAUACGCAAGAUGGGUCAGAUAUGAUGAUGACUUGAUGCAUGAUAAGAACUGACUUGAGUAGUGAAGCAAAGUGUUCAUACUUUAUUGUGAGUUGAACAUGAAUGAAGAAAGGAUAAAAUGUCUCAAACAUUUGUCUUAAAUUAUAAGGUGUCUUAAACAAAAUAUAGAAAAGUAUGCCUAGUGACAACACUUGAUAUUAAGAACUGUGUGUGAAGGAAAUAUAUCUAAAGACACGAUCAGAAGAUAGGUUUGCAGGAAUGGAAAGAUUUACAUUUUAUGGCCAUUUAGUUUUUUUACAAUUAGUGUUUUUGUUUUGUUAGCACAUUACAUGACCAAACAGAACUGUAAUUACUUGUCUGAAGAUGUAUCAUAUUUUGCUUUUAGCAAAGUUAUGCCUUGUGUCAUUUUACUCACAAAAGUGACCAUAGCAACCCUUUUGAGAAAAUAUCUAGAAUAUUUAUUCCUCCGUAGGCCUUAACUGAUAUUGCCAAAUCUCUGAUUUCCUUAGACAGAGGAGAUGCAAGAUAUAAUCUAAAAUGUAGGCAGUCAUUAUCUUAAAAUAUGUAACCAUAUGUGGUGCAUUUUUUAUGUUACGCUACAGCAUUUGAAUUGAAUGACGUUCAAUUCAACUUUUUCAUUCCUUUAUAGUCUGUUGCCAAACAAGAUAAUGAAUUCCUUAAAGUAAUUUAAACUUUACAUGCAUUUAUCUAUUCAUACAAAGUUCUUUAUAAAUAUAUUAUAUAUUAUGUCCUGUCUUACCUUAUGUCUGCCUAAUUUUUGACUUUAUUUAAAUCAUUUUCAACUUAUGCACGUCAUAUUUAAUGUUUAGCAUCAACUGCCUUGUAUUUUCGCGAACUUCUCAUCAUUGUAGUAAUUGUAAUAAAUAUACGUUCAGAAACUGCAA